ACCGGUUUGAUAACCCUUCCCACCCUCAACCUCAAUAGACACACACAACGCAAGUCGAAGAGGGCAGCCCUCGCCUCGUCGAGAACAGGGAAAUAAAAGAGCUUAGAGAUAGCGAAGCAAUCGGAGAGCUCUGACUCCGCCGCCCGUCGCUUUUGUCUGGUCAGCGUUACUCGUCGGUGUUUGUUCCUUCCGUCUGCACCGUCAGCAUUUAUCACUCACGGCUACAGCGCUUUCGCGGCGAAGCAGCCCUACUUCUCGACAAACAUCCGCGCGAUAGAGACGAUUAGUUCUGAGGGAGCUCUCGGGCGCCAUCUCCGCCUCGUGCAGGGUUCGUCACUGGCUCUGACGUAGUUAUCUAGAGAAACCCGGGAGCUGAACGGGAGAAUCUGCCGGAGACUCGGUGCAGGGGUUUUGGUGAAGUUAGCCUUAUUGGGAUGACAACUACAUCAGAUAUGGAUGAUGAUGAUUUUAGGGAUAUCUACAAGGAGUAUACUGGUCCUCUAGGAUCUACUGCCAACAAUGCACAGGAUCAGGGACAAGGAAAUAAUCAAUCCCAAGCAGUUUCUGAGGAGGAAGAGGGGUCUCCUGACCCCAAUGCUGUCCCAACCGAUUUUACCAGUAGGGAAGCAAAGGUUUGGGAAGCUAAGUCAAAAGCAACAGAGCGGAACUGGAAGAAAAGAAAAGAAGAAGAGUUAAUAUGCAAAAUUUGCGGAGAAUCAGGUCAUUUCACUCAGGGGUGCCCUUCCACUCUUGGUGCCAAUCGCAAGUCUCAAGAUUUUAUCGAAAGGGUUCCUGCAAGAGAAAAGUACAUUAGAUCCCUAUUUACUGAGAAGGCAAUGCAAAGGAUUGAAAGAGAUAUUGGAUGCAAGCUCAAAAUGGAGGAGAAGUUUAUUAUUGUUAGUGGAAAGGACAGGUUGAUAUUGAAGAAAGGUGUUGAUGCUGUGCACAAAAUGAUUAAGGGAGAUGGCGGUGAUCAUAGGGCCUCCUCUACCUCUAAGAUGAGCAGGUCUAGGUCACCUGAUCAACCAAGCCCUCCUGCAUCUCGGUUGAGAUACUCUGAAUCUCAGAGGUCUCAUCCAAGUUACCCUCGUGAUGCAUCUCAGUAUCAACACAGAUUUGGACGCCAGGAUAAGAUUAUAGAAGAUCGUAUUCGUGAGGAUAUGCAGAAAUUCUCAAGGGGUUCACCACAAGGUAGGGACAGCAUAGGAUACUUUUACGGCAUCCAUAAACAACUGGUAAUCCCAUUUUCAUUGUUGUUGGGCCUCUGCAAGCUUUCAUACUAAUUUCCUGGCACUCAUUUUGCUAAAUACAUUAACUGUGCUGCUGCUUAUUGGCCGUGAUUAUUCCAAUCAAGAGGUAAGUUCUUGUAUGGAGCUCAGUCCACCGUUUAUAAAUAAUAUUGUUGUCCUGAAAGCCAAAGAAAUAUCUAAACAAAAUGUCUGACUUGAGGAUGGUUUGGUUUGUUAUAAAUGAGUUGUAUACAUUAAAUAAUGCACUUCAGUUUUUGGAUUCGAGAAUCCAGGCCUUGACUUUUUGUUUGUUUUCUGAAGCAGCUUAUGUGAAAGAUGGACGUAGAAGUCGGUCAAGCCAUUCUAAGUCUCCUAGACGUCCUCCUCAUGGUGGUGAUUCCUAUGGUUCAUAUGAUGGGCACAGUCGCGGCACAGGCAGUGGCGGGUUAGAUGGAUGGGAUGCUGGAAGGCGAGGAGGAUCUGAGUUUCUCUCCCAUAACCAGCAGUCUGAGUAUUCUUACUUCCCUCGGACACUCGAGGAAUUAGAACUAGACUACAAAAAGGAGGCAGCGAUGCUUGGAAGAAUCCAUGACAAGGAAGAAGAUGAAGAGAACUACAAACAUCGUGAGGCAAUGAGUGGGAUACGAGAUAGUUACCUGAAGAAGUUAUCCGCCUUGAGGGGCACCCACAGCAAACAAUUUGAGGCGUUCUUUCAUCAACUCGAUGCUCAACGACGCCAACAGGAAGCAGCACGGCGGCAAAUGCCUGUCGCAGGUUAUAGUGGUUUCGUUCAAAAACCAUAUCCUGACUACGAUGGCGGUGCCUCAUCAACGGUGCAUCCUCACUUCCCCAGAGCAAGCUUGUCUGUCGGUUCCAGGCCCAGUUACCAAAAUCAUCUGGAAAAUUAUACUUCUAGAGCUCAUAAUGAUUAUGGUGAGUUCCAGCAUCAGAGACCUGGGGAUUUCGAGAAAUCGUACAACCACUACUAAGCCUGAUUGUAAGGUUUAGCUGGGUUCAUUAGGAAACGUUGAUUUGGAUGGAAGUCAGAGAAACCAUAGCUUUGUUUGUUCGAUAGAAUUCUCAGCUGUUUCUUUCUUUUCAACAGGAUGUAAGCUAAUAACGCAACUCUUUCAUAUGUAUUUGAGCAAAUGCACCUUCUGCCUCUUCUUUAAUCCGUGAA